CUCAGGACCUCAAGUCAGUCGUCAAGCUAAUCUCGGCCCCGGUGUACACCCCGGCACAGGACGUGUCUCGAAUCGGAUCGGACGCGAGACUUGGCCUCCGCCAUCGCCAAAUCCGAGUCCGCUGUCGGUCGGUUGGUCGGCACAGUGUGCCACGCAGUGCCACGCAGUCAGUGAGUGAGUUUGGUUCGCACCGGUCGGCCGGUCGGACGAGCACCCCGCGAGGCACGGAGUACGGAGUACGAGUGGAGCGUCUUCCGCGGUUGUCCAGGCAACGCGGAGGCCGAGAUGGAUCUGGUGGCGGUGGGGCUCGACGAGCUGACGCCCGCGCAGGUGGACAAGCAGCACGAGGAGUUCGGCGCCACGCCCGAGCAGCUCAAGCAGGAUGCGGAAACGCUGCGGGAGUGGAUCGCCAUGCAGCCGCACCUGCCCAAACUAACAGAAAAUGAGGACGUGUGGCUGGCCCGGUACAUCCUGGCGUCCAAAAACUCGCUGGAGCGCUCCAAGAAGCGCAUCGAGAACUUCUUCACCGUACAGAGCCGGUGGCCCGAGUACUUCCGAGCGCCCACCGUCGACGAGGGCAUCGCGUUUGCCGAGUUCAUCUGGGGCGGACCCCUGCCGCUGCUGACGCCCGACGGCACCAGACUCGCCUUCUACAAGUUCACGCCGGCACUGGCCGCCGACCCCCAGAACAUGAACUGGAUGAUGUUCUACAUGCUGUCGCUGGGGUACGUGCAGCUGCAGCUCACCACGCCGCGCCAGCCGCUCCGCAUCGAGGUCAUCCUGGACAUCGGCAACUACGUCAUGGGCCUCAACACCUCGUUCGUCGCGCACCUCGCCGAGUUCCGCCGCUUCCUCAAGUGUCUGCAGGUGGCACUGCCGCUGCACGUGCGCCGGGUGCACAUGGUGAACGCGCCCAGCAUGGCCGUGUCGGCGUUGGACAAGCUGGUGCGGCCAUUCCUGCCCGAGAAGAUCAACCAGCGGAUAGUGACGCACGACAGCCUGGAGUCCCUCGCCAAGAGCAUCCCUCACUACUGCCUGCCCAAGGAGCUGGGCGGCUCCAUGGAGCAGUCGCUCAAGGACAUCACCCUGAAGUGGACGACUAUCGCCGAGGAGUGCGAGGCCUGGUACGAGUCGCGCCAGUGGAUGCGCGCCGACCUGUCCCUCCGGCCGAACGCCAAGGAGAUCAACGGCUUGGACGGCACCUUCCGCAAGCUCAUCGUGGACUGAGACCACUGAGACUGGGCGGCCAAUCCAGCCCCCCCCCCCCCAAAAAAAAAAAAAUCAUCCCAUCCCUCCUCAUCCUCAUCACUAUUUCUCUUACCAUCGCACCCAGAGACGAAUCGUGCGGCCGCGGCCCAGUGGCGCCCAGUGGCCCGUGUCGGGUCUAUUAUUGUUGUUUUGUUUAUAUUGUUGUCGAUAAAAAGAAAGCCGUGUGUGAAUGUUCGUCGACCAUACGGACCACCUUUUGAAUUAUGCAGUAGUUUUAGACCAAAGCGAGUUGACUGUUUGGCUCACGAUUCGUCGAGUAUAUUCUGUGAUAGCACUUAGCACUUUUUUUUGUUGAUUCGCAUCAUUUUUGUAUAAUAAAGAGUUACGCCUCGGCAGAA